CCCACUGACGCUAAUGCGGGUCCAAGGCUCCCCGUUCGCGUCCCGCCACUACCUUGUACUCGCUGCUCACUCACUCACUCACUCACUCACUCACUCACUCACUCCAACACGCGCCAUUGAGGGUUAGCCGUUGGUGCCGGCUUCCUCCUUUCACCGAGCGCCAGAUACAAACGUCAGCAUGCCUCUGUACGUCACCCUACGGUUGAACCCCGUUCUGCAGUCGCUGACGGAUGAUAUACAGACACUUGUUAGGCAAAAAGUCAUGGAACGUCUACAAUGCCGACAAUAUUGCGCGAGUCGAGGCCGACGAGGCCGCCGCCACCGCCCGUGAAGCCGCCGAUGAGCAGCGCAUGCAAGAGCUCGAUGCCGAACGACGCGCCGCCAUACUUCGAGGGCGAACCCCUCCACCGCUGCCCGACGAAGAUGCGGUUAAGGAUGCUGGUCGGAAAGGGGACCAGGACAGAGGUGCUCGCGGACACGACAGGAAGCGGAGGAAACUUGUUGGCGAGGACGACACGGCCAUGGAGAUCCGACUGGCGACAUCCAUCACAGCUCAAAAGGACGGGGCCAACGAGACUGCGACCAUCUUGAAGCUCCGAAAUAUCUCGAGCGACGCUCCGCUGACCGACCAUGCGGGCAACAUUGACCUGUUUCCUGUGGAAAUCAAGGCCGCAACACAGCGCGAGAGGAAUGCAGAGGCUGAGAAGGAGGAGAAGAAGAAGAAGAGGAAAGAGCGGGCUCUCGAAGAUCAGUACACCAUGCGUUUCUCAAAUGCCGCCGGUUUCAGGCAAGGGCUGAGCCAGCCAUGGUACGCAACUGGCCAGAAGCCCUCGCAAGAAGCCGAGGAGCGUAAGGACGUUGUCGCGUAUGAAGGCUUCGAGAACAAAAACGUGUGGGGCAACGAAGAUCCGCGACGCAAAGAGCGGGAAAUGGCACGUAUAACGACCAACGACCCAUUUGCCUUUAUGCAGAAAGCGCAAGCUCAGCUAAAGAGGUCCAAAGAAGACAAGAAGAAAUGGACAGAGGAGCGCGACCGCGAAUUGAGAGAAUUGCGAGCAGCCCAAGAGCGAGAAGACAGGAGAAGCAGGCAUCACAAGAGGAAGAGGCGACGCGAAGACGACUACGAGGACCGCAGGUCGGCCGGUCUUGGACAUGGCAUGGACAGAGAUGGGACUUCUCGGCACACUGUUUGCCAUAGAAGUCGAAGCCGCAGUCAAGAGCGGCGUGAGAAUGGACUUGGCACCAUAGAGGGCAGAGUCGUAGCCCACGCGGAUCGUCAGCAUAAGAGUCGGGACUCAUGGCGUGAUCGAAAAAGCCGACGCCCCAGAAGUCUGAACCGCGAGGAUCGAGAUAGAGACUUGGUUUCGCGUAUCGUAAGGAAAUGAUCAUAAAAAGUUGCGCGGGCAAUACAGUCGAAGCGGCCCGAAUCUUCAUGUCGUAUGGAAGUUUUUUCAAGUCAUUAUUAUACCCAAUUCACAACUUCAAGGCUCAGCGCCCAAAAUUCAGUUUUAAACUCCAAUUUGCCAAUCCCACUUCCACUCUCCAUCCGCUUUUCAAGUCGUCACUCCAAUGCAGUGCUCGAAAACUCGCGAUCGCAUUCAUCGCAUCGGACUCGAGCAACGAGACAAGCUGACCCAGUUGAUUAGGGCCUUGGUUUCUCCUCGCCAUGCGGGCAGGCAGCACUGCUUUACAAGCUUGAUCUCCAAGGUGACCAAUGGCUAUAUAUAUUAUAUAGUUUUGAUAUAUCACGAAUCGAUAUUACAUAAAAAUAAGUUACUUAAAAGCC